AUCUCUGGAAGAUUGACACAUCAAUUGUUUUUAUUGUUACAAAAUUAUAAAUAGUAUUGAAUAAUGUUAAUAAUAUUCAAAUUUGAAACAAAUUAUUAUUGAAAGUUUGUUAAAAAUUAUUACAAUCGUCAUGAAUAACAAUGAAAAGUCUGUAAACAGUUCAAAUAUUGUAAAUUCAUCUGAUGAAGCGGCAAUUAUUAAUUCAUUAUCCAAGUAUUUAAGUAAUGAAGCUGAUUUUUUGACAACUAAAUCGAACAAGUAUGAUGUAUUUUUUGAAAAUGAUCAUCUAUCUGUAGAUGUAUCUAACGCAAAAAAUUUACCAGUGAAAGUCGACAAAUUGAAUCUCAAUAAUACAGAAGCUAAUGCUGAAAAAAUAUAUACAUCUUUACAAACAGUUGAGUUUGCAAACCAAAAUGUUGAAGAAUUAAAUACUUCAAAAGAAUCAGAAGAUUUUGAAGAAUUGGUAAAUUUAGAAGAUGUAAAGAAUAUCGAAGAAUUAGAAAGCUUCAAAGAAUCGCAAAACUUCGAAGAAUCAAUUGAUUUAGAAGAAAUAAAAAAUAUUGAACAGUCUGAAACUUUAGAAGUUUCACAAAAUUUUGAAGAAACAGUGAAUUUUGAAGAUAUAAAGAAUAUUGAAGGAUCAGUAAUCAUAGAAUUGGAUGAUGUUGAAUUAUCACAAAUUCAAAACAGUAGUCCUCAAAAAUGUCCUUAUCUUGUAAUUGAAAUUCCAUCUCAAAAGGUCGAAGAUGAAAAAGGAAAUGAAGAUAAUGGAAAAUCUGAUUCAAUACAUAAUAAUACAAAUUCUACAGAAAAUAACAAAGAUGAAAUAACGUUUACUCUACAAAAUUUAGAAACUUCUAGUGAAAGCGAAAAUGAUCAAAAUUCAUCGAAUCUCAUUUUACAAUUAUCAAACAACCAAAGUUACGUUAAUUUUAGAGAACGGGUAAAAAAACGGAAAAGAAAAAUAAGAAAGAAAGUUAAUACGACUGAAAUAAGAAACGAUGAAUUUAAAGUAGAAGAUCAAACAGUCAAGUCAAUAAAUGAUGAUAAAUCUGAAAUUACAUUUAUUAGACCUAUUACUCCCGAUAAACUUCAUACAACCAAAAAACUUUGCAUUGAUGAUAAUUCUAGUGAGCACGAUUUUUUACUAUCUAGUCCAAGAUUGUCAGUCGUACAAACGAAUUUAACUGACGAAAAAAAAAUGAAAUUUAAUACAAGUCAGGAUAUAAUUAACAACUCAGAUAAUGAAUUUGAACAGAUAUGCAAUUUUAUAAAAAAUGGUAGUUAUGAUCCUGCUCAAUUGAGCAUGGAUACUCUAGAGUUAUUAAAUGAAUUUACGGAUUUUGAUCAAUCAACUAACGAAAAAUUGUUAGCUGAUUUAAUCAACUCUCCAAUGAGAGUCAGCGAUCAGAUUCAAGAAGAGUGUAAAAAAGUAAGUACUCCCGAGAUCGAACAAGACAUCAGGGAUGCUUUUGGAAUCUGUUUAAAUAGCAAAGAAAUCAAUGAUGACGAGCCUAAUAUACCAGAACCACUAGAAGACCAAAUAAAACAUGACAAUUUUGUAGAGAUAGCUAAUGAUGUUAAUGCAGAAAGACAAAGUGAGAGUGAUAAUGAGAAAGUUUCUAGUUCUUAUGAAGAUGAUGAUUCUAGUUACCAUGAUGAUGGUUCUAGUUCCCAUGAUGAUGAUUCAAGUUGUAGUGAGAUUGAAACUUCUUCUGAAAUUGAUUUAGAAGAUCUCAGAGAAAAAGACAGAAAAGUCAAAAAAAGUCUUGUAAUUAAAAAAGAAGUCCGUAAAAAAUUAGCGAAUUUUACUGUAAAAUUAAAGCAUGAAGUACCUCCGCAACACAUGCUUGAGAAGACCAUCAGAAUGCCGCUAAGUCAUCACAUACGGUCGUUGUUUGAAAAGCAUACACCAAUGAAAAAGGGAACCUUCACUGCAAAUGAAGAUAAAAUAAUCAAAGAAAAUUGGGAAUAUUUUUGUAAAGUUCAUAAAUGGGAUUCUGCUGACGUAAAACCAUUCUUACAGUUCAGAUAUAAAAGAAAACGCAUGAUAAAACAAGAGGAGGCAAUUAAUUUUGCACGAUUCAUGGCUAGAGGCUUACCUUCAAGAUCUCUAUUCAGUGUGAUAGCAAGAUUUAGACGUCUCUUUCGAGACACCUCACGGAAUCUAUCGAAAUCCGAAAGAUGUCCUUAUACAGCUAAAGAAGACAAGAUAAUUAUGGCUUAUUUAGAAGAUAAAGAGAUUGAUCAUCGAGACGAAAUAAUAAGAUUAGCAAAACUAUUAGAUCGACCAUGUGAAUCAGUAUACUAUCGAUGUCAAAGAUUGAGACAAAAAAAGGGACGAGAAAUGUUUUUAUCAAAAAAAAACAUAAGAAAACAUGUUGACUGGGAUAUACCUUUAGCUGAAAAAUUUUUAACGAAAUUAAUGAAAUUAACGUUGAGUGAUGAUGUUGAAGAGCUGAAAAAUGUAUUAAUUCCGCCUAUAGUAUGGAGAAAAUUGGAAAAAAAAAUGAAAAUUUCAAUUGAUUGUUUGAAAAGUUUUUGGUUUAAUAGACUUCAUGCACAAUUAUUCUAUGAAAGACCGUUCUUUCUAAAUGACAUCAAAGUUCUUUUGAUUGAAUACAUGUAUGCAAAAGGUAUAACAGAUCGUGAAGAAAUAGAUUGGUCAGAAAUAGGUGAGUUAUUUGAUGGAAUACCAAUCAGUUAUUUGAUGAAUGUGUUCUACAGUAUGGAAAGAUAUUGUAAUUCGAAAAUUAAAUCAGAUCUAGGAGAUAUUAUAGAUUGGUUAUACAAACAUCGUAUCAAUCGAAUAAAAAUAGCAAAAAGUGAAAAAUAUUUGCCAGGAGUUAUUUAUAAGGAUGGAAAGAUAGAAAUAUUCCAUAGAUCUUAUCCUACAGUAGAAGACUGUGAUACAAAUAAUUCAUCAGAAGAUAUUUGCUAAUGUUUUUAUAUAUUUUAUAAAAAAUCUCAUUAAUUAGUUCUUAAUAAUACAAUAAAAACAAAAUAUACGAUUUAGUAUUUAAUAAUAAA